AUGUCUGGUCUAGAGUUUACGGAACGAGUUGAGAAAGCAUUGGGCAUUGCCCAAAGUCUUGCUCGUGAAUUUGGACAUAUUCAAAUCUAUCCUGCACAUAUCGCGUGUGCUCUCUUUGACGAAACCGAUGGCCAAUCUCUCUUCAAGUCGGUUAUCGAGAAGGCGGGCGCUGAACCAUCCACCGUUGAACGAGCAUACAAGAGCCAAAUGGUCCAUUUACCCACUCAAGAUCCACCACCCGCUGAAAUCAGUAUCGGCUCAGGCACCGCCAAACUCUUACGCAACGCCCAACAGCAUAUGAAGCAGCAAAAGGAUUCCUUUAUCUCGAUCGAUCAUAUCAUUCUUGCACUCGCCGAUGAAGAUCAAUCAUUCCAACCCAUGAAAGAUGCUGGUGUCACCAAGAAAGCACUCGAGAAUGCUGUAUCCCAGAUUCGUGGCAAUCGUCGUGUGGAUAGCAAGAACGCUGAAGAAGUCUAUGAAGCCCUUUCCAAGUACGCUGUUGAUUUAACGCAAAUGGCACAAAGCGGUAAAUUGGACCCUGUGAUUGGACGUGAUGACGAGAUUCGACGUGUCAUUCGUGUCCUUGCUCGUCGUACAAAGAACAACCCUGUUUUGAUCGGUGAACCUGGUGUCGGCAAGACUGCUAUUGUGGAAGGCCUUGCACGUCGUAUCGUUGAGCGUGAUGUUCCUCAAACCCUUCAAUGCAAGCUCUUUGCUCUUGAUAUGGGUGCAUUGAUUGCUGGUGCCAAGUAUCGUGGUGAAUUCGAAGAAAGACUCAAGGCAGUACUCAAAGAAGUCAAGGAAUCCCAAGAUGGUGUCAUUCUCUUUAUUGAUGAAAUCCAUACGGUGCUUGGUGCUGGCAAAGGUGAAGGAUCCAUGGAUGCUGCCAAUUUGCUCAAACCCAUGUUGGCACGUGGUGAAUUACGAUGCAUUGGUGCUACCACUUUGACUGAAUACCGAGUAAUCGAAAAGGAUCCAGCUUUUGAACGUCGUUUCCAAAAAGUCGAUGUUGGUGAACCAUCCGUUGCAGCUACUGUUUCCAUUCUUCGUGGCUUGAAGGAGAAAUACGAGAACUAUCAUGGUGUCAAGAUUAUGGAUGCCGCUUUGGUGUCAGCUGCUCAGCUUUCGGAUCGUUACAUCACCACUCGUUUCCUACCUGAUAAGGCCAUUGAUCUUAUUGAUGAAGCUGCUGCCAAUACCCGUGUUCAGCUUGAUUCAAAGCCUGAAGAAAUUGAUGUACUUGAACGUCGACAUUUCCAACUUGAGAUUGAAGCUAUGGCCCUCAGCAAGGAAAAGAACAACAAGGAGUCCCAAGAACGUUUGGAGCAAGUGCGACAACAAAUGGCUCAAGUACAAGAACAACUCAAGCCUCUUAAGCUCAAGUAUGAAAUGGACAAGGGUCGUUUGGAUGAAAUUCGAGAUCUCAAGCAAAAGCUGGAUGAGUUGAGAGGCAAGGCGAUGGAAGCUCGUAACCGCUAUGAUCUUGCUACUGCAGCUGAUAUUGAAUACUAUGCCAUCCCUGAUGUCGAACAACGUAUCAAGGUCUUGAUGGAAGAGAAACAACGCAAGUUGCAAGAGAUGGCUGCAAAUGAUCAAAGCACAGGCCUUAGUGAAUUGGUGCGUCCCGAACAAAUCAUGGAAGUCGUUUCUCGUUGGACUGGUAUCCCUGUGCAUAACUUGGCAAGAACGGAACGUGAAAAGUUGUUGAAUAUGGAGACCGAGCUCAAGCGUAAAGUGGUGGGUCAAGAUGCUGCUAUUCGUGCUGUAUCCAAUGCCAUUCGUCUCUCCAAAGCUGGUCUUCAAGAUCCCAACAAGCCUCUCGCCAGCUUCCUUUUCCUUGGCCCCACCGGUGUUGGUAAAACACUCUUGUGCAAGACCGUGGCAGAAUUCUUGUUCGAUGAUGAGCGUGCCUUGAUUCGUAUUGAUAUGAGCGAAUUGAUGGAGCAACAUAGUGUAUCGAAGCUUUUGGGCGCACCUGCUGGUUACGUUGGAUAUGAAGAAGGUGGAUUAUUUGAUGCCGUACGUCGCAAGCCUUAUUCGGUGGUCUUGUUGGAUGAAUUGGAAAAAGCCCACAAGGAUGUAGCCAAUGUCUUGUUGCAAGUACUCGAUGAAGGCUUCAUUCAUGAUUCCAAAGGCCGACGCAUUGAUUUCCGCAACACCAUCAUUGUCAUGACAUCCAACCUUGGCGCUCACUUGCUCGCUUCUCAAGGAAAUGCUGCACCUGAAUCGGAUGCUGGUAUCGUUCUCAAGGAGCAAAUUCAACAAAUCGUUCGCCAGCACUUUAGCCCUGAGUUCACCAAUCGUAUCGACGAAAUUGUCAUCUUUGACAGGCUCUCACAAACCAACAUUACUGAUAUCGUGGAUGUCCGCUUGCAAGAAGUCCAAGAUCGUUUGUCUGAUCGCAAAAUCACUCUCGAUGUUUCCAAACCUGCAAAGGAAUGGCUUGGCGUGCAUGGCUAUGAACCCGUAUUUGGCGCUCGUCCACUCAAUCGUGUGAUCCAACAAAAGUUGCUCAAUCCUCUGGCAAGACUCAUUAUCGAUGGUGGUAUUCGUCCAGGUGAAACAGCCAAGGUGGAUGUGACAAGCCAUGAUACCAUUGAAGUCCUUCGCAAUCAUGAGAGCCAAUCUGAUUAUGUCGUUGAAGAACCCAUGGAUGAAGAGGAUGAAGACAUGGAUGAAGCAUAA